AUGUCAAUUCUCUCACAAGGAAAGGAAAAAGUUGAUGUGGUGAUAGUCAAUGUCCAUUCACCGGAUUCUCUUAGUUUUAAACUCUUGAAACAAGCAGAUGCCUUAGAUAUUGUCACUCUCUUUGUAUGUGAUGAACACGAUGAACUCUUUGCAAAGAAGGCUUUUGACAAUGGAACAUACUUGUAUAUGGAAAAGUCACUUGACGAAAAUAUUAUGAAAUACUUGUGGCAAUUUGUAUUAAGGAAGAAAAUACAAAGAGACAAAGUGAGAGAAGGACUUGAUCCAAAAGGAGAUCACAUGAAAUAUGUUUAUAAUAUUGGUAAUGAAAAUAUUGUGGGAAACAAAGGACACGUUGGAGAGAAGAUUAGGUCUAUUAAUAAUGAGGAACAAACUAUUAGUAUCCAUGAGACUGAAAGAGGAACAUAUAAAUUGAGGAGCAAGAGAUGCAGAAAAGGCAAAAAAGUGAUUGACAAUGGAGAAAGACAAAGUACGUGUAUUGAUAAGACUCUGAAACGAAAUGACUACAUAGAAUGGACUGUGGAUCUCCGUGAAAAAUUCAAGGAAGCUACGGAACGACUUGGUGAUGGACGUUGCUUACCAAAAAAGAUACUUGAGAUAAUGAAUGUGCCAGGUCUUACCAGGAUGCAAGUUGCCAAUUAUCUUCAGAGAUGUCGUAUCAACCAAAGGAGACCUUUAGAAGAGCAAACAUAUAUUCAACAGGGAUCUUCAAGUGGUUCCCAACAAAGAAUUGAAACAAAUAGCCAUAAAAUAUUUGGGAGAAUACAUGAUCUUCAAACAAAUGUACCAAAUCAAAUUCAUGGAGACCCGGAGUUCUCACCAGUUAAUACCAACAAUAUUUAUGCUAGUUCAACUGAGCAACAACUCUGUCAUCCACAACUUCAUGUUCAACAACACCAUCUCAGUCCAUUUUUGUCGGGCCAAAAUAAUGAUGGUGGUAGGCUGCAACAACAACAUGACCUGUUAUUGGGUUCGCAAGGCCCAAUUAUUGAGAGCACUAACAAUAAUUUUUACAUGGCAUCCAAUAGUGGGGAUAAUCAUGAUUACAACUUGAAUCGUGAAGCUCAAAAUGAUUACAGCUCAGGUCUCAAUCAAGUCUAUGUAACAACAAAUUCAACUAGUGCAAUGAUGACUGAUAUGAAUGGUGGGAAUGCGAUAAUCAAUGGAUCAGGAGUAGCAAAUACUAAUUUUCAGCAAUACAUCGGUGAACAAAACAAGUUUGUGCCAAGCAAUGUUGUUGCAACAUCAAAUACAAGUGCUAAUGACAUAAGCGAUUUAAAUGAGUGGGAAAAUUGUGACGCGUAUUUGAAUUUCCAUAAUAUGGAUGAUCUCUAUCAGGAUAUUGGAGCUUCAAGUUCGAUCCUACCUAAUGAACAUGGAAGUGAGUAUGAUCAAGUUUACUCUUUUGAUCAGGUGGCAGGGACACCAAGUGUCAAGUUUCAAGGAAUAGAUAAAAUUCCAAAGUGA